CCAGCUUGCGGCGCGGCAAGAAGGAGAGGAGGAGAACGGGAAGGUACUGCGCAGGUGCAUAGAAGUCCUCACCUGCUCUUUCCCUGGAUUCCCAGCGUUCGCCUUCGGAACCUUUGAACCGAGUACUUGGGCCAACAGGGGAAGCAUACCGGAAGUGACUUGUCCAGACGAUUUGGAAAAAGGAAAGGAAGAGGAGGAGCAACGAACCAUGGAAGCUAUGGUAGCCCUUUGCAAUGGGCUAGGAAGGAGAACGUUAACGCACUUCGUAACGGCUGCUGUCAGCCUCACAGAUUCUGGGACUCAUGCAGUGCUGUGGAGAAGAAGUUGUUCACAAUAUAAACAGGUAACCAGCAAUGAGGACCUGCCUGUUCCAAUGGAAAAUCCUUAUAAGGAGCCUCUGAAAAAAUGUAUCUUGUGUGGAAAACGUGUAGAUUAUAAGAAUGUACAGCUUUUAUCCCAGUUUAUUUCUCCAUUUACUGGAUGCAUUUAUGGAAGGCACAUAACAGGUCUUUGUGGGAAGAAACAAAAAGAAAUCACAAAAGCAAUUAAGAGAGCUCAAAUAAUGGGGUUUAUGCCAGUUACAUACAAGGAUCCUGCAUAUCUCAAAGACCCUAAAGUUUGUAACAUCAAAUACAGGGAGUAAAUUCUAUAAAGUUAUCAUCAAUAAAUUUAUUUUACAGUUGUGUGGUG